CCUCUGACCUCGCGUGCCCUACUCACCCUAGGGUGCGGCGCUUCGUUGAAGUGGAUCUGACGGGCAGAGAGAACCCUCCAGCCCACGUGUCAGCCACAUUAUCCAAUUAGGAGCGAGACCAGGGAGCAUUUAAACAAACGGAAGCGGCCGCGCGCAUCGGGAGACAGGAGGGCGGAGAGUCCACGAGUCCUUCGCGAGCGUUUGGUCUCCUAUCUAGGAUGCGUUAAUAGUGCGCUGGUAACACUUAAAUGGCUUAAAACGUUCUAUUUAUACCCGCGGAGACUCGUGUCCGCUCCCCCGACGGUUGGACGAGCUGGUUUUGAGUCGUCGACGAGUUACGUCAACGCUUGAAAAUGCAUCUACUUGGCAUUUUGGUGCUCAUGUUAUGCGGGUCAUCACUGGGGUUCCCUGUUCCAGUAGAUACCAUCCUAGUGCAGGUGCAGCAGCGGGGAGUGGUGGGUGCUCGGCAGGUGGUGGAGCAGGUCCUUUUCAAUGGGGUCUCCCUUACUGGCAAAAGCCCAGAAGUUGACCGCAUAAUCCAAACCAUUUCAGCUGAUCCACUCCUUCCAACUCUUCUCCGUUUCAACCAGACUUCCGUCAUGAGAGACCACACCGUCCUCCGUUCCCGUGAAUGCAUAGUGGAGGGGUCUCUGCUGCACUGGGCCGACCGCGUGUUCUAUGACGGGGAGGUCUAUCUGACUCUGGACCACGGCGGCGGGUGGACCCCCCGCGUACCAGAAGCGCUGGCUUUCAAGGUGGUGUGGGAGCAGCAGGAGCAGCGCACAAAGAGGGAGACGAGCCACCUUCACGAGGGCUGCAUCAAGCUGAUGAGAGAGCUGAUGCUUUCGCAGGAGCAGUCGGUUCCAGGGAUUUCUUUGCCGCAGUUUCUGAUGCCCGUCUUGGCGCUCUUGGCAUUUACAGGACUGCUCAUAAUCAGCCUCAUCCUCACCAAAAAGAAAGGUUCGACACAGCCUGGAGGUGUUAUUGGAUCUAUUAUACACUACCCCAAAGACAUGACUGAAACAGCUGCAGAAAUCAACGGUUACAGGAGCUUGGAGUUCAAAGCUAAUGAACAUGGUCCCGUUUGAGCUUUCCACUUCUUUUCUCCUGUUGAAUGUCAACUUACUGAUUAAAACGUGCACGUCCUAUUGGCAGUGUACCUCCAUGUAAAUUUUCGCUGCAGCACCAACAGCCACGUAUGUACCACGUUGGGUCUGGAUUCCAGAUUGCAUUAUUUCAUGCACUUUAAUGCAUGUAUCACCUUGCAUAUACUUUUAACUAAUAAGUAAUUCUGACCAAUAAAUAUAAUGUUCACUGCUUGCAGCAUUGUAAAAGCGUUAUAAGAAUGUUUUAUUAAGAGUGUUCAGUAUCUAUGCACAUUGAGAUGAAAAAUGUCACACAUUGUCUUACAGUUUCUAGAUAAAGCCAUGCUGAAAAUAUGUGGGUUUUUUAAUCACUCUAAACUCUGCUGAACACUGAACGGGCCGCUCCGUGUGUCUAGAUAUUCAAAGAGUUGCACUGCACUGUUUUGUUGUUUUGUUUUGAGAUGCCAUUGUGGCUCUUGUAUAUCUAUUUCAUACUGUCCAGAUGUUUUACCUUAUCUUAUGUGUAGUUUUAAUAAAAUGCAUGAUUAAAGAUCC